GAAUAGGGAUUCAAAACUCAAAAGGCACAUGAGAGACUUUCGUGGCCCUUUGUCCAAGCCCGGAAAACCAUACCCGUCUCUCUUUCAAUGAAAGUUCCGUAACAAGUCCUUAAUGGACGUUCCAAGACCCCCUUCGAUGCGGGUCUUGACCCGGCCACCCGUACCCUCACCCACUCCCACACACGCACCCUCACCGGAAGCUGCACCCUCCCCCGCCACUGCCUCCCCAUCGCUGCCACAAGCUCAGGCACAGCCUCGACCUCUUGAGGGCGUGGUGGUUGUCGGCUUCAUCUCUUGGAGCCCCGAACACUCCUCACACCUCAUCAACCGGGUCAUUGACUGCAACGUAUUCGGGUCUGGUAAUCUCGAUGAAGUGUUGAGUAUUGAUACUGAGGAAGUAAAGGAUUGGUUCAAGUGGAGGCGAAUCAGCUACUACCACGACGAGGAGAAAGGGAUUUUGUUCUUGCAAUACUGUUCGACCCCGUGCCCUGCCCUUGACGGGUUGGCGGAGGCGGAUACGGGUUUUGACUCCCUUUUAGAAGACCGCCAGUUCGAGGAUCUUCAGGGCUUGCUGUUUAUGUUUUCUGUCUGCCAUGUAAUCGUGUUUAUUCAGGAGGGUUCGUGCUUUGAUACUCAAAAUUUGAAGAAAUUUCACGUGUUACAAGCUGCAAAGAAUGCAUUAACUAGAUCGAGAACUUCACCACCAUCAUUAUCUAGACCGCUAUCAUCAUUGUCUUCCUCAAAGCCUACAGGAUUCACAAGUUCUUCUAACAGUUCUCCGGGUAGAAGUAGGGCCAUCUUGACUCGUAAUUCUUCAUCUAUAUCUCUCAUGUCAGGUUUAGGUUCAUAUACAUCUUUGUUUCCUGGACAGUGUACUCCCAUAACACUCUUUGUUUUCAUUGAUGAUUUCUCUGAUGUGUCAAAUCCCACUUCUACCGUAGAGGAUUUGACUGAUACCUCCUCAAUUAAUAAGUCUUCUAGUUUGAGUAGCUCAGCUCGGCCCACCUCUUCAAUGAAAGGUUCUGGUUCAGUCGUUGUGCUUGCGCGUCCAGUAAGUAAAUCUGAAGGUGGUACUAGAAAGAAACUGCAGUCAUCUCUUGAAACGCAGGCACGCCUUUUACUUAAGAAAUGCCGUACAUUGUCAGUUUCUGAAAGCAGUCAUUCAAGAAGCGGGAGCGUAUCAAGUGCUGCACCUUUGUUUGCUCUCGAUGCAUCAAGGGCAGUUGUGCUGCUUGACAGGUCUAUGAAUCAGAGAGGUGAACCGCUUGAAUUUGUCAGUGACCUUUUGGAAGUUGUUUUGAAUGGAAAAGCAACCUCAGAUUUUCUUUUGCUUGAAAGCCAUAGUCAGAGUGCGAACAAGGAGGAUCUUAUAUCCGUGAAGGAGUUUAUUUACAGGCAGUCUGAUCUUCUUAGAGGAAGAGGGGGGUUGGUUGCCAACAACAACAGUGGGUCAGCUGCUGGAGUUGGUAUGGUUGCUAUUGCUGCAGCUGCUGCUGCCGCCUCAGCUGCUUCAGGAAAGAGAUUUACUGCUCCUGAACUUCCAAGUUUAGAGACGUGGCUGUCUUCAAGUCAUCUUAUUUUGCAUGAUCUCCUUUCUCCAAAAGAAGUUAGAAUAGAUGAAACUGAUAUUGGCAGAAGAAAACCUCAUCAAGGGAACACUGGGCCAGCACAUGUAGAAGAGGCCACUACAGAUUCUCUGGAUCUUGCAGUAUCUUGGUUGAGCACUGGUAGGGGACUGAAUACCAGUUUUUCUACUCUGUGUUGUGAAAGAUCGCUUCCAGCUGCCAGGGAUGUGUACUUGAAAGACUUGCCUGUUUGCUAUCCUACUCUUCAGCAUAAAGCCCAUUUAGAAAAGGCAUUGAAUGCUUUCCACUCAAGGGCUAGAGGACCUGCAGUGCCACUGUUUGCUAAAAAGUUGGAAAACGAAUGCAUAUCUCUCUGGAAAUCUGGGAGGCAGUUAUGUGAUGCUAUUAGUUUGACAGGACGACCAUGCAUAAACCAAAAACAUGAUGUUGAAAGUGGCGAAUCACAUUUAGGAGCUGAAGUUAAGCCACAUUCCAGUGGUUAUUUUUUCCUUCAUGCUUGUGCUUGUGGUCGAUCACGGUGUCUACAGCCUGAUCCUUUUGAUUUCGAAUCUGCAAACCUUACCUUCAGUUUCUUUCCAGAAUGUGACAAGCUUCUUCCUGCAGUCUCCUUACCAGAAGUGAGCCAUUCAGGACCUAUUCGGCCUUCUUCAUGGAGUUUGGUUCGCAUUGGGAGUGCACGGUACUAUGGGCCUUCUAAAGGUUUACUUCAGAGUGGGUUUUGUGCCACUCAUAAAUUCCUUUUGAAAUGGACAAUAUUUCUAGAGAAACCAAAAAUAACCAAUGAGGUACCACCAAAAGUUCUGCAAAGAGGUCUGGUUUUAAGGUCAGAUUCACAUUCAAGGGCUGAAUUUAAUAGGGAUUCAGAUGUGAAAAAAAUCAGUGCUGCACCGUUGUACUCAGAAGAUAUACAACUAGGAACUGAAAGCAGAAGAAAACCUCUAGAGAAUAACUUUGAUGAUAAAAGAAUAAGUUUUGGUAAUGGUCUUCCCAAUUUUACAAUGCGAAAACCUUUUUCAGAAGUUGUUGCUGGAUCAGCAGCUACACAGUCAGGAUUCCCUCCCCUCCAGCAGAUGAGGCAUUCUUCGUCAGGUUCAGAAAAGAGUAACAAGCAAAAUAGAGUAAGGGAUCAAAGUGUGGAACAGGAUCUUGUUGCUGUCGAUCAAGGAUCCCAUAAUCCAGUGGAUACUGUACCUGUUCAGGAAACCUUAGUUGGUAUCAGUUCUAAUUACUGUGCAAAUGUUGACCCUUUUUUACGGAUAGGUAGUAAUGUAGUUCCUGUUAAUGUGAAUAAUGGUGAAAAGGCCAGAGUGAACCCUUCUAUGAAACAUGCAACAGUUUAUGUUGGUUUUGAACAUGAAUGCCCCCAUGGUCACCGUUUCUUACUGAAUCCUGGUCAUCUGAAUGAAUUAGGACCCAAGUACUCAUUUCUUGGCGAAGAUCGUGACCCUUCAGAACACAGUCUUGCAGAUUCUUCAAAAUUGGGUAAGAAUGAUGUUCAGGGUAAAGUUCAUCAAAGCAUUGAUGGGAUGACUGGUGGUACUGUAAAUAAGAUAAGGAAUAUUGACAAGUCGAAGGAGAUAGUCCCAAAUGGUUGUUUAAAUGGGAACAGGCAGAUAAAGUUCUGCGGGCUGGGGAAGGAACAGAGUCAGAUAUCUCUUAACAUUGGGGAAAACCCUGAUUUUGUAAAAGAUCUUGCAUCAAACCUUCUAUUGUUUAGCCUUGAUGAUGGUGGAAGCGCUUUCUCCAUGUUAAAUAGAAAUUUGCCCCUAUACAUGAACUGCCCACAUUGCAGGCAUGCCCAGAGUAAGAAGUAUAAACCAAAGACUAAGUUUGCUGGAGCAAUAUCACAGCUUCAGAGGAUUUUUCUGGUGACCCCUCCAUUGCCGCUCGUAUUAGCUACGUGCCCAGUUAUACAAUUUGAGGCAUCAUGCGUACCUUUAACAGUACCAGAUUGUGAACAAAAAUUGCAGUUCAGUCUUGGUUGUCAAGUUGUCCUACCUCCGGAGAGUUUCCUUGCACUUAGACUUCCGUUUGUCUAUGGUCUGCAAUUAGAGGAUGGAAGUCUGCAUCCCGUUAGUGCGUUUGAGCAUCAACCAGAACUGACUGCUUGGAUUACCAAGGGCACAACACUGCAGGUCUUAUCCAAGGGCAGUGAGGAACUAAACACGUGAUAGAAAAUUGCUGAAUCUUGGAAUCAGGCAGCCUUGGUGAUGCAUUGUGAGUUUGCAGACGCAGAGUUUAUUCACCUGAGGAUGGUCUUCAUUCAUUUAAGACUAGGGUUUUACAUGGAUUAUCAUCUUACCCUAUAUGGUGGCUGGUGAGCUGCUACUGCAAAUGGAGAUCAGCAAUCAGCAAAGGAUCAUAUGUUGCAUGCUGGUUGGACUUUUGAAGAGGGCCUCCCAGCACCAUGAAUUGCUUUUCAGCUUCAUGUGGAUGAAGGUAGCAAAGGGGGUGGAACUGAAAAUGGACUUUGCGUUCCCCUCUGCAGCAGCAUGUGAAAUCUGGAGACUAAAAGUUCUAUCUCGCAAUCGCUUGGGGCAAGCGUUAAAUUAUCUGUUCCAUACGAUACAGCUUACUGAAGAACUGUAUGAGUGUACUAUAAUUUUAUUAUAUUAUUACUCCCCCUGAAACAAACACCGCGGAAGGACGAGAAAGCACGUAAAGGACUGGAAUGUUGUCAAAAUAAUUGCAGGGCGUAGGGCAAGAAUGUUUAGAUAUCAGCUGUUAUUUUGAAAAGUGUGGAAGAUGACUAAUAGGAUGUUUUAUGCAUUUUUAUUUGUUGGCAUUAUGGAAGAA